AGAAUAUGCAUUAUCAAUGCCACACGCAACUUUCCAAGUACUGAUUCCUUUCCUCUCUUCUUUGCAACUCGCAGGCCUAUAUGUUCACAGCUUGUUAACGCAUCGGAAGUGAAUUCUCAAGUCAUUCUCUAUCAUAAUCUCCACUGAUCAUAGUCUGAACAGUGCAAUACCAAUGGCCGAGUCUGUUGUUUCGUCUGUGGGGCAGACAAUAGGAAAGCUGCUCGUCGACGAGGCCAAAUUCUUGAGGGGAGUGGAGGGCAAGGUCAAGGACCUGCACAGGGAGCUGGGGCUGGUCCAGGGCUUGCUGAGGGAUGCGGAUGCGAGACGAGAGCACAACGAAACUGUUAGAGAAUGGGUCGCGCAACUCCGAGACUCCGCCUAUGAUGCUGAGGACGUCAUCGAGAGAUACUUCCUCAAAGCCGCGCUGACGGAGGGACGAAACAUCAUCAAAGCGUACGCUUGCUUCAUGGCGAAGUGCUCGUGCGUGCAGGUUCAUGACGUGGGCACAGAGAUCGACGGCUUAAAAUCCAGAAUUUCCGAUGUUGGUGAUAAGAUGCAGAAAUAUGGCAUACGACCUUUGAAUGAGGGCGAACGCAAAUGCGCGAGAGUUUUGACGCCGCAACAGACUUAUGCCCAUUUCGAGGAGGAGGAUUUUGUCGGGAGGGAAGAUGGUAUCGAGGAGUUGGUAAAAGAGCUGAAGGAUGGAAAACACACAGUUGUUGCUCUAUGGGGAAUGGGUGGUUUGGGUAAGACCACACACGCUAAGAGAGUCUUCAAUCACGACAAAUUGAAGAACCAUUUCACUGGUUUUGCUUGGGCUUGCAUAUCUCAAGAAUAUCACGUGAGGGAUAUCUUGGAGGGAAUUCUUGUUAAGUUGAUCCCUGAUAAAAGAGAAAAGGUUAGGGAGAUGAGAAAUGACGAUUUGUUAGAAAAUCUUUACACAACCCAAAAACGGAAGAGAUGUAUCGUGGUUCUUGACGAUAUUUGGACCAAACAGGCAUGGGACGGUCUUCGAGCCGCAUUCCCAGUCAAGUACACGAGAAGCAAGCUAUUGAUAACAACCCGUAAUAAAGAAGUAGCGGAAUAUAUCAAUCCUCAUUGUUUUCUCCAUGAACUUCAGUGCUUAUCGCACGAGGAGAGCUGGGUUCUGCUAAAGAAGAGGGCAUUUCCUAAAAUGAAAGUUGGUCGAGGUAUUGUUGCAGGUCAAGCUGUAGAAGGUAUUGCAAGACAAUCAGAGAUGGAGGGACAAAUACCAGAAAUCACUGAAGACAAGAAGAAGUUAGGAGAUGAACUCCUUAAGAAGUGUGGGGGAUUACCUUUGGCUGUUAUUGUGCUUGGUGGACUUUUGGCCGUCAACAAGUGGGAGACGGUUCACAGAAACAUCAAUUUGUAUUUCUGUGAUAAGAGUGAUGUAUUUAAAGUGUUGGCCUUCAGCUAUGAUGAUCUACCAUGGAAUCUAAAGCCAUGCUUCAUCUAUUUGGCUAGCUUUCCGGAGGAUGUGGAAAUCCCUGUAAAGAGAGUCCUUCGCAUGUGGAUUGCUGAAGGCUUUGUGCCGUUCGAUUCAUUUGAUGAAGAGAAAGACACUACAAUCGAAGAUGUAGUGGAGCAAUAUUUAAUGGAGUUGGUUAAGAGGGGACUGGUUCAAGUACGACUCAACUUGAUUGGAAAUGUCAAAACCUGUCACCUCCAUGACCUGAUGCGAGACUUAUGUGUCUUCAAGGCUAGGCAGGAGAAGUUUCUAAGCUUUCAUAAAAUUCAACAGGACAAUGAAAGGGAGGGUAGUUCUUCUUCAAUGGCAACAGAAGUUGAGUCAACUUGCGAGACACGGAGGCUUUCUCUUUAUAUGCGCAAGAUUGGUGAAGGAACGGUGACUCCGAGGUUGGAACAAAUAAGGACUAUGCCCCACGUUCGAACUCUUAUGUUCUUCCACUAUGGAAAAACUACCAAACAGAUGUGGCAGCAAGUUCAACCUAUUUUCAUCAAUUGUAAGUUUCUCAGAGUUCUGGCGCUAGAUGAUCUUGAUUGUGUGAGAGGAAAUUUACCUAGAUCAGUGGGAGACCUAGUCCAUCUAAGAUUCUUAAGUUUAGCAAGAAGUAAAUUUGAGGGCUUGCCGCAAUCUAUGGGGAACCUUGUAUGUAUGGAAUUCUUGGACCUGUUUAUAAGUGGACUUACUAUGGUUUCCAUGCCAAAUGUAUUGUCGAAGAUGAGAAGGUUGAGGUAUCUCCGUCUUCCUUGCAACUUUGCUGUCAAGGAGAAAUUCCAUGCGGUCCGGAAGGAGUUGCGGUUGGGCACUUUACAAAAUUUACGGACAUUGAGAAACUUUAGUCCGAAGAAAUGUAAUGUGAACGAUAUAAGCAAACUUAUCAAUCUGCAAAACUUGACUGUGAUUCCCUGGGAUGAUCCUAUUGAGCUAGAGAUAUUUCCGCAACUUGUUAAAUUCAAGUUCAAAUAUCUUCGAUCCUCGUCUUUUUAUCUUAGAAACUAUUUUUGGACCGAAGAUGGAUUGAGUAAAAUGUCAAACUAUUGCUAUUCUUGUAAGCUGUCCAUUAGAGGAAAAAUAAAAAAGUUACCAGAACAUAAGAGUCUGCCCGAGCAAUUGAGGAAGCUGGUCUUACUACAUUCUCGACUCGAAGAAGAUCCGAUGCUAAUAUUGGAGAAAUUGCCUCACUUGGUUGUUCUCAUGCUGGGAUUUUCCGCUUUCUUGGGAAAUAAAAUGGUUUGCUCUGCAGGAGGCUUUCCUCAACUCAAGCAUUUACUUUUUCAUAGAUUAAUAGAUUUGGAGGAGUGGAGGGCCGCUAAAGGAGCCAUGCCUCAUCUUUCUCGAUUAGGGAUCUCCUAUUGUCCCUAUUUGAGGGUGAUACCUUCACAUGUCUCUACAUAUGACUGUUAUGACGAAAUAUGGAAGGAGAUCGAAAAGGAACCCUGGUGAGAGAGGGAUAUUGAUGCGGGUGGCCAAGGGUGGCCCCAGCUGUCCGGCCAGAGAGGAGGGAGGGGCGCGUGAGCUUGUGGGUUGUUAGGGGGGUGGGCUCCCCAGAAUAAAUAAUCUAAUCUCAUUAUAUCAUUGAGUGAAAAUAGAGAGUAUUUUAUUAUGGCAUAUUCCUUGACAAAUUUUAGUUUCCAUGUCAAGUCUUUCCAUCAUAAAUCGUCAUUCCUUUCGUUUUCCCUCUCAUCCCUGAGGACUUCCCAAUCAGUGUGGGGGUGGAAUCUGCUGUCGAGGGAACCCACCGACUUUGCUCAUGGAAGACUGCAAAGUUCUCGUGAGCGCCGCGAGGUGGAGGAGGAGGAGGAGCGAAUUCGUGGCUUCUGUAAAAGACGCUGGAUGGAUGGGGGAGGCAUCUGAAGAAAUAAGAGUCGUCGCUUGUCGUGGCGUUGGAAGACAGUCAUCCUUGGAAGCUGAUGAUGCAUUGCAGAGGAGAGGAGAUCCGAUCAUUUCCAUAGUGCUGGUCAGAUGUUUGACGAAAUGCGAAUGUGGAGUAAAAACUGGGGUACAUUGAUCUGAAAUGGGCGUGUUGCUUUCGGCUUGUGCAAUUGAUUUCUUUGUAUAUAGAUGAACGAUGACGAGAAAUGCGACGGUGCAUUUUGCAUCUCCCAGUCUCCUGUAUAUUUUGUUGUUAUCAGUGUCCCCGUCUCCUACAUGUAAGGCUGCAAUAUAUACUUUGGAGAUUCUUUUACUUGUGGUUACAUUACUCUUUCGCUUUGAACAACGGCGAUGAAAUUGCUGGAUGUAGCGAGAAAGCAUAUGAUUAUUUGUCAAUCGGGGACACCUGGCAAAUGUUCCUCUUCUCCUGCGACCAAGAAUUCGCAGUAUAUAUCAUGGAGGAGCAUCCCAAGUGGCAAAUGAAGAGUGGGUCUGUAUAUUUUCAAUGGAAAUGGAUAAUGACAGUCAAUGCACGAGGGUGUGAAUUUGAAUCUGUUUGCUGCAUCUUCAUUGUAACAGGUGAAGAUAAUGGAUUUUCCAGUUGCCUUCUUCAGUUUCCACUCCUCAGGAAGCUUCGAAUUAUGAUGAGCUCUCCAUGAAACAGAGAGCUUGAACAUUCCGAAUAGCUGAAGUACCCAUCGGAACCAGAUGAUCCACUUCAAUAUAUACUCAUGCUGAGAGGAAUAGGAGAACUAAUAUCGAGCUAUAUUCAUGCAAAAACAAACGUCUCUUCAAGGCCUUGCUUAGCAUGCGGAAGUCAAGAAAGGAAAGCAAGUUAUCGAAGUUCCUGGACGAGAGCUAAGAAGAACAGGGGAUGAAAGAAAACGGAUAGGCCCAUAUCACGGUUUCUUUGCACCGCAAGUAUGACCUAUGCUGUAUUUGUUACGGUAGCUUAAGCUAGCUUUAAGAUUUUGAGAAUAAUUUAAUGCAAUAAGAAACGGAACGAAAAGAAAGUCCUGAUAAAAUUACAUAAUUUCUACAAGGAAUUCCUUCGGAAGAUGGUUGCCGCUCUAUAGUCUACAGUUCACUCUUGCCUGUUAUUCCAAACAGAGAAGGUAAAGAUUGAAGAAUGUUUAGAAA